AUGGAGAACGUGAGUCUACUACCCCUCAACGGCCCCCAAGCCCGUGUCGUCAUUGCCUCAUCCGCACCCUCCAUGUCAUGCCCUCCCUUAAGGACACCAUCCGCUGACUCUACCCAGCUCGGCGAGCACGACAUGCUCGUCGACGAAUAUGAUCAAUACCAGAAUGAGAAGACCGACGUCGUGGUCGUCUCCCAGCCUGACUCCGAGGAGCCCGACUCGGCACCGACCGCGGAUGACCACACCGCCAUGAUGGCUCGGGUUCUGCCCAAAACCCCCGAUCUAGAGACCGCGGACGAGACACACAAUACAUGGCACAUCAAGGACUGGCGGAAGUUGGACCGCAAGGUGCAUGGGCCGACCUUUGAGUGCGGAGGUUUCCCUUGGCGGAUUCUCUUCUUUCCGUACGGCAACCACGCAGAGCAUGCUUCUUUCUAUUUGGAGCAUGCCUGGGAGGGCGAGCCGCCAGAGAACUGGUAUGCGUGUGUGCAGUUCGCUUUGGUCUUGUCGAACGUGAAUGAUCCCUCCAUCUAUGUUUCUCACGUUGCGACACACCGGUUUACUGCAGAGGAGGGCGAUUGGGGCUUUACAAGGUUCUAUGAUCUUCGCAGUCUCUUCAACGACGCAUGGCCGGGUAAAAAUGUGUCGCUGGUUCAGGAUGACGAGGCACAGGUCACGGCCUACGUUCGAGUGGUGAAGGAUCCGACUGGUGUGCUCUGGCACAGUUUCCAGAACUAUGACUCCAAAAAGGAGACGGGAAUGGUUGGUCUGAAGAACCAAGGCGCUACUUGUUACUUGAACUCGCUCCUGCAGUCGCUCUAUUUCACCAACGGGUUCCGCAAGGCUGUAUACCAAAUUCCAACUGAGCAGGAAGCCACACGCGAAAAUAGUGCGUGGACACUUCAGAGGCUCUUCUUCAAUCUGCAGUCAAGUGACACGGCAGUCUCGACCACUGAACUUACCGCAUCGUUCGGCUGGGAAUCAAGACAAAUAUUCGAACAACAGGACGUCCAGGAGCUCUCGCGAAAGUUGAUGGAACGCCUGGAGGAGAAGAUGAAGGGGACUCCCGCUGAGAAGGCCUUGCCCAACAUGUUCGUGGGCAAGACCAAGACCUACAUCUCCUGCAUCAAUGUCGACUACGAGUCCUCCCGCAUAGAAGAGUUCUGGGACAUUCAGCUCAACGUCCGCAACAACAAGACUCUGGAUGACAGUUUCCGCGACUACAUCCAAGUGGAGACACUGGAGGGCGAGAACAAAUAUGACGCCGGCCCGCCGUACGGCUUGCAGGAUGCCAAAAAGGGCGUGAUUUUUGAAAGCUUCCCGCCGGUGCUGCAUCUGCACCUGAAGCGAUUUGAAUAUGACAUCAACCGCGACGCCAUGAUGAAACUCAACGACCGACAUGCCUUCCCCAUGGAAUUUGACGCUAGCCCCUACCUCUCCAAAGACGCCGAUAUGUCCGAACCGUGGCUUUACGAGCUGCACGGUGUCCUCGUUCACAGUGGCGAUUUCAAUGCCGGCCAUUACUACGCUUUCCUCAAGCCUACCAAGGAUGGAUACUGGUACCGCUUUGAUGACGAUCGAGUGAACCGAGCUACCGAUAAAGAAGUCUUGGAGGAGAACUACGGCGGCGAAUAUGAGCUUGCCAACGGCGCAACAGGUGUGCGACAGCCUUACACCCGCGGUCUCUCAACGAAACGAUCCAUGAACGCCUACAUGCUGGUGUACAUUCGGAAGUCGCGACAAGACGAUGUGCUUCUGCCGAUUACGAAGGACGAUGUGCCUAGUCACAUAGAAACGCGACUUGCCGAAGACCGUGCGGAGAUGCUACGCCGAAAGAAGGAAAGAGAAGAAGCCCACCUUUACACGAACGUUGGAAUCCUGAACGAGGACACAUUCAAGGCCCACCAUGGAUUUGAUUUGACUAGCGUCGACCUUCCGGCGGAGGACCCAGCACUUCCGAAAUGGUAUCGGAUUCUGAAGACCAAGAAAGUGAGCGAGUUUGCACAGGAAAUUGCCGAAGAACGAGGCCUCAAGGCGGAAGCGAUCCGGUUUUGGGUCAUGGUCAAUCGUCAGAACAAGACGACGCGUCCUGACCAGGUAAUCCGAGACCAAGACAUUACUGUUGACGAGGCAUUCAACAAGUUCGGCACCAAAGGGAACUCAUUCCGACUGUGGAUGGAAGUUGCUUCCACGGGUCCCGACGGACAGCCUACGCCCUGGCCGGACAAUGACUCCGUUCUUGUUUUCUUGAAGCACUUCGAUGUUGUUGCUCAGACCUUGAGUGGUGUCGGGCCUGUCUCUGUUCGCAAGAACCAGAAGGUGGGGGAAUUGGCAUCGACUAUCCUGUCGAAGAUGAACUGGCCCGCUGGCACGGAGUUUAUGUUAUUUGAGGAGAUCAAACACACCAUGAUCGAUGUGAUGAAGCCCAAGCAAACAUUCCAGCAGUCUGAGAUCCAGGACGGCGACAUCAUCACCUUCCAGCGCUCAGUCAAGGAGUCGGAGCUGCCAUCAACCGCCCUUUACACGGAUGCGAGACAGUUUUACGACUAUCUCCUGAAUCGCAUGGAUGUCACUUUCGCCCCGAUUAAGUCGGAAGAAUCCGAAGGUUUCACUUUGACCCUCAGCCGGAAGAUGACUUACGAUCAGUUCUCAAAGAAAGUCGGCGAGCACCUCAAGGUAGAACCCACACAUCUCCGGUUUGCGCCGGUAAUGGCGAGUACCGGAAAGCCCAAGCCGUUCCUCAAGCGAUCUGUCGCCCAGAGUCUUGCCCAGAUCCUCAACGGCCAGUAUGGUGCUUACGGCUAUACCAUGCACCGGUCGGAUGCCCUGUACUAUGAGAUUCUGGACACGAGCUUGAGCGACUAUGAGAGCAAGAAAUCCUUCAAGGUGACAUUGUUGCCAGAAGGAAUCACGAAGGAGCAAGUCUUGGAGGUUCUAGUUCCUCGCAACGGCACCGUCUCCGAACUGCUGGCUUCGUUGCAAAAGAAGGCGAAUCUGGACGAUGAGACGAUGCGGGAAAUGAGAAUCUGUGAGGCACAUAGUGGAAAGAUCUACAAGGAGCUCCGGGAUGACAAUAAUGUCUCAUCUAUCAACGAAUAUGCCACCCUUUAUGCCGAGAGAAUUCCUGACGACGAGGUGAAUAUGGAUGCGAGUGACCGAGUGAUUAACGUCUUCAACUUUGACAAAGAACCAAACCGAACCCACGGUGUUCCCUUCAAAUUCGUCGUGAAGCCGGGCGAGAUCUUCAAGGAAACCAAGGAACGUCUGUCGAAACGGACGGGAAUCAAGGGCAAGCAGUUCGAGAAGAUCAAAUUUGCUUCUGUUCCUCGCGCUUCUUACUCCAACGCCCGGUACCUAGAGGAUGACGAUAUUCUGUCAGAUGUCCUAGGCGAUUCCGAGGAUACCCUCGGCCUUGACCAUGCAAACAAGAACCGGGGCUUUUGGAACAAAAGUGAAGGCUUCUUCAUUCGAUAG